UACUUCUACAUUUCUUUUUCCCAUUGCAGGUCUCCAGCUCAAGCUCAAUCCCUGGAUACACGUGAUUCCGAAGUGUCGAAUCCGAUGCAAACGCAGAGGCGCAAACUCAAACCUCUCAACGAGGGUUGGCAGUGCGGAUGGCUCUUACCUCGUUCUUGCAAGCUCUCCAAUCCUUCUUCUCGUAGAAACAAUCGUUCAUCUUGGUGUUCUCGCCUAGACGAUCAAAAAACAUAACUUAUUAGUACUGGAUGGACGGCCGGUGACCGACCGAUUCGGUAAUAUAACUGCAACUGCAGCUCAACUCACCUGCGCAACCGGUGCUGAAGAUCCGCUUAUCCCUGAGGAAGUCAAAACGUUGAGCACAUUAAUUUGUUCCCCAUUUUAUCUGAACUUACCAGUCAUCUGGUUCAUCGUCGUCUGCCACUGCGACCGAGACCGCCUUCUUAGAAUCACUAUCACUCAACGGUUUGGACAUUGUGAGAUUGGAGUUGUAGUCUACCAGAUUCUCAUCGAGUGAGUUUGGGAAUUGUGGUACGGGUACGGGUACGCUCGCUUGAGUGGGAUCGUGAUUCGUGCUAUCAUGGCACCACGACGGAUGAACGUCUUGGUCUAUUCAGGUACCAUUUACACCACUUUUACGAAAAAUAUACUAAAAUACUCUCACAGGCAAUGGAAGUACAACCGAGUCUGUCCGACACUGUUUGUACACCCUCCGACGUCUUCUCUCCCCGAAUUAUGCUGUGAUUCCCGUGACCGAUACCAUCAUUUUAAAGGAGCCUUGGACAGCAUCCUGCGCUCUUCUGGUUUUUCCUGGCGGAGCCGAUUUAGGCUACUGCCGUUCUCUGAAUGGUGAAGGCAAUCGUCGUAUCACUCAAUAUGUUCGUCGAGGCGGAGCGUACCUCGGAUUCUGUGCGGGAGGCUACUACGGCUCUGCCCGAUGCGAGUUUGAGGUUGGUGAUAAGAAAUUGGAAGUCAUCGGUCCUCGAGAGCUGGCCUUCUUUCCUGGUAUCUCGAGAGGAUGUGCUUUUAAAGGCUUCGUCUACCAAAGCGAAGCAGGCGCAAAAGCUGUGAAGGUACAACCUAACAAAGAGGCAUUCAAAAGCGGGGUUAUUCCACAACUUUUCCGCUCCUAUUACAACGGAGGUGGUCUUUUCGUUGAUGCCGGGAAGUUCGCGGAUAAAGGUGUGGAAACCCUGGCAACAUAUGUAGAUCCUACAGAUGUAGAAGGAGGAGAAGGCCCUGCAGCAAUUGUCUAUUGUAAGGUUGGGGAAGGUGGUGCUAUCUUAACAGGUCCACAUCCAGAGUAAGCCCACUCCAUUUCGAUUUCGAGAAACCAUUUUGACUUCCUAAACAGAUUCGCUGCUGUCAAUCUCAACCCAGACUCCGACGGUCCUGACUAUCCUAAACUUGUGAAGGAUUUGGCUGAGGAUGACGAACUCAGAGUCACGUUUCUCAAAGCAUCUUUGCUGAAAUUUGGUUUGAUCGUUAGUGAGGAUAAACCAUCGGUACCAUCCCUUUCUCGCCUACAUCUUUCAUCCCAGCAUCAUUUUCUCGUGCCAGAAUUGCUCUCUUCGUGGCAAGACAUCAUCACAAUUGAAGAUGGAGAAGAGUAUAUCAAGGGAGAAAAUGAUACAUUUCACUUUGAAAAGCAAGACUCUCGAUGGUCCUUGAAUGCUCUUUCUGAUUCGCUUUCUCUGUCUGAUGCAUCUCCGGAACAAGCAGUGGCUAACAAAAAGGGUGGUGUUGUGGUGAAUGACAGAAUAGUCGAUUAUGAUGCGAUUACCAAACAUAUCAUUCCGCAUGAAUCAGAUUGGCCUGCUAGCAAAGAGACGCCAUAUUUCAACCAUCACUCGUUUUAUGCAAAUUUGAGAAAAUUCCAGUCGGAGAGUGGAGGAAAGGCCGAAGAGUUUGGGAAGACAUUACUUUAUGGAGAAGUAGUGACCAGUACCAACACUUUGCUUGAGAAGUAAGUUAUAUGCAACUAUGGACCUUUGAUAACACUGACAGUCGUAUCCAGAAAUCCAAAACUACUCUCCAAUGUCCCAGAUGGCUUCACAGUGACCGCAACGAACCAAGUCGCCGGGCGAGGUCGUGGCUCUAAUGUAUGGGUUUCUCCAGCUGGAUCAUUGAUAUUUUCUGUUACCAUGAAACAUCCAAUGUCACUCAGUAACUCUGCUCCCGUCGUUUUCAUACAAUACCUCGCUGCAAUUGCGAUAGUAGAAGGUAUUCAUUCCUACGAUGUGGGUUAUGGAGACGUACCUGUGAAACUCAAAUGGCCAAACGACAUCUGUAAGUCCCAUAUCCCGUCGAGAAACUCCUCUAAUAACACAUCCCUAGACGCACAAGAUCCCACCAAGCCCGGAAAAAAAGAAUACAUCAAAAUCGGCGGCAUCCUAGUAAACUCCUCCUACUCCUCCGGCUCCUACGACCUCGUCGUAGGAAUCGGUCUCAACACCACCAACGCAGCCCCAACCACCUCUCUCAACGCGCUCCUCCCGCCUCACCUCCCGCGCUUCACCCUGGAAAAACUCCUCGCGCGCAUCCUCACCAAGUUCGAGAUCAUCUACAAAUCCUUCUGUCGGACCGGCUUCGAUAAGAAUUUGGAAGGCUUGUAUUACAGAAAUUGGUUGCACAUGGAUCAGAUUGUGACGAUUGAGGCCCAGGGAGGAGCGAGGGUGCGCAUCAAGGGGAUUACGAGGAGUUGGGGAUUGUUGUUGGCGGAGGAGUUGGGGUGGGAGGAUAGGCCGACGGGCAAGGUUUGGGAGUUGCAGAGUGAUAGUAAUAGUUUUGAUUUCUUGAAGGGGCUUUUGAAACUUAAGACUUGA